AUGAUCCAUUUCGACGCCAUUCUCUUCCCUUCCGACGGACACCAGCCGACUCUUGUCCAGCUCAUGACUAGCCCGAUGACAAUCUCGACUCAUCAUUCUUCCUACACCACUUCCCCGUCGCGCAUGCCCCACCCUGAAAUUCAUAUGGACUACAUCGCCGAUGGUAUUGGUCCCCGGGCAUGGAAAUAUCAGCUCGUAGAAGCCCUCGACGGCAUGAACCGGAAGUUCGCGAACCCUUAUAUCAUUUUCUACCCCGUUGUCUCUCGCGACGGCAUGCCUUUUCCUAUCAACAAAAGCAUUAGACAAAUUCAGGGGAGGUCUUUCAAGGACGAGGUCGCUUGGCGGGGGAACAUUAUUAUCGCGAAGUACCGCGACAACCCGUUCUCUUCCAUGAUGAAUGCGUCAAUGGCGGACUUUCCUCUCCUGAAAAAUUACCUUUUGACACAUGGAUCUCCAUCCGAGCAUUGA